CAAAAUAAGCCCCUACAAUCAAAAUGCCUUUCGUAAGCUCAAAAAACAAGCCCAAGAAGUUCAAAGGAUUCAUCAUCGCUAUGACCAAAGACCUGGGAAUCUUGCUACUCCAUCGCCAAAAUUGUCUCGUAAAAAUACAGAAACAGCUAGCAACGCAGCAACACGAUCGAAAAAAGCGCGAUGAUAAUUGGCAGGACUGCGAGACCAUCUCAUCCAGAACAGCAGACGAUAUCAUCAAUAACAAUGCUCUGUUAGUCAAGGUAAACGACGAACUCGAGAAGGUGCACGGGGAGUACUGGGAACAUCAGCUUCGUCACAACAAGCUUAUAACCACUCAUCCGACUAAUAAAAUUAUCGUGAAUGAGGUUAUGAUUCCCCGACUGCACCGAGACCGACACAACCGGCCGUAUAUCUGGGGACAUGAUCAGAAAGAAUGUGCUGCCCGGGGAGGAUGUUGUGGACGGAACUGUGGUUGCUAUGAGAAGGCGUUGGAUUGGUACCUUGCACCGGUUGAGGAACCUGAGAGAGAACAGAGGAAGUUUAUGGGAGAUUUUCGGACACUAUUGUUGAGUGUGCUUGCUGUAUUGAGUUCAGGAAGUGUUAUCGGCCACAUCCACGGCUUCCUCAUACAGCAUUCUAGAAUGAAAUGAGAGACUGUGCUCUCUUUUCUUGUUGUGAACUUCACUUGCUGUGGCCAUUCAUGUCUUGUUUGUAUUCUUGAAGAGAAGUCAUCCGUUGAGCUGUGGUUUAGCAGUUAGAAAAUAC